UCCAGACAAGUGCACUUCUUAGGCGUCCUCCUUGAGCCAGCAACAGUCUUGUGUCCAGUGCCAUGUCGUUCGGAGGGUUCCUCCUUCUUUUACUGGCGGCGUCCGCCAGCGCGAUCACAAACUCACAAGAAGCCCAGCACUAUUCGCAGUUGCAGUAUCAACCCUACCAGGAGCAGUUGAACAGAGGAGUGCUGUCGCCUCAGGAGCAGUCGCACAUAUUGAGCGAUGUCCAGCAGCACAGGUUUUUGGUACAACAGGAGAGACCAAGGACGCAGCCUAAUUAUCAGAGGCCGCCUCCUCCACCACAACCGCCUGUUUCCUUCUCGGCCCCCUCGUUUCCUCAGCAGUACCAGUCGGAUUCCUUCUCUUUCUCUCAUUACCAACCGCAGUACCAGCCAGAAAGGAAGCCGAUCCUUUUGAAGCCGACCUAUCCCCAGGACCACAAGCCGACAUUCACCCCAACUCCUCCCAAGUCGCAAAACUUCCACCAGCAGGAUUAUCAGCCGACUUAUCACUCGAAUUCGCAAGCCCCUAUCCAGCAGGCGCAACCGUCUUUCCAACAAUCGCAGACUUUCUCUCAGUUCCAUCAACCACCUUUCCAGUCGUUCGAAAAUAAUUACGUUCUGACGUCCGAAAAUCCUCAGCAUCAACAGUUCUUGACCGAAGUAUCUCAGCACCAAGCUAAGCCGGACGCGUACACUCCAAAACCGCAACAACAAGAGACUCCCUCUUGGAUUUUAGAAACCCAACCUCCCACACCUUACAAGAAGCAGAAACCUUACGAAGCGAUUACAUUUGCGACGGAAUCAUUCAAAACGUCUACUCCGGCGCCGAGAGUAGUAAAAUAUAGGCCAAGACCAGUGAAGCAAGAAGACAAGUACCCGAGUAAAGAAGAACCCGGAGAAAUUUAUAUCAAACCUGAUAGAAAGAAGCUGUUUGAUCAACUUGUUGGAUCUCCGAAACCGGUUACAAUUAAAGCGACGACUGUGAAACCCACUCGUUCCACGACAACCACUACGACAACAACGACACCGGCUCCAAGGAUCCUUGAUGAACAGUACAUACAAGAACAACUACAGAAACAGAUCCAGGAACAGCUAAGCGGAAAAGACGAUAUUUUCAAAACUUUAAAAAUCACGCUGCCUGGUGAACUGAGCUCGGAUCAAAUCGCUAAUCUUCCUAACAUCGCUUUAGGAGAUUCGGUAGCCCAGGUCCCUCAGCUUUCAUCCUUCCCUCAGAAUUUAUUUUUGGCUAACGGGCAAAAAGUGAAAAUUGUUGCACCCGGUAAAGCGUCCAAGAAAAACAUUAAAACCGUUGUGAUACAGCAGACGACGACUACGACCACACCAAAGCCUCCGGCAGUUCUUUUUGAAGAACUUACGAAAGGAGUUUUACCACCCGGUGCAGAUUUCGAGGUCAUAAGGCAGAAACAAGACGGAGCUCUAGAGAGGGUCGGUCCUAUCCAAAAUAUCCCACAGAAGAAAGUCACAUUCGUCAUUUUAGAGGAACAACCAGACGGAAGCGUUAAAGUACAAGGCGUACGAGGGAACGAAGACGGACCGACCGACACUAAAGGAGAAGAAGUAGAAUCCAUUAUCGAAAGAUUGAAGAAAGGAGAAAUCAAGCUUCCUCCGUCCUCAAAGUUGUCACGGCCCGUGGCGAACUCUACACCGCAAGAGUCACAACCGUCACCGAGCUAUGUCAAACACGUGGAAAAAAGCCCCUCGAAGCCCACUGCAGCACCAAAACGAAAAAGCACGACACGCUCUCCGGUUUACGUUCAUUCGACCCAAGUCGCCAAUUCCCAUGCCGGACCCAGCCUCCCUGUCGAAGAAUACAAACGAGUAACGACGCAAGCACCUAGAAAACCUCAGUACUCCAGUCCGAACAGGGUUGCCGCUUUUCUACCGACAGUUAGCCCCCAAAACGACAACUCCGUCUCUUACUCUACAUCGCCCUCGACGACCUUUUUGCCUCCAAAGUACUCGGUGUCCACAGCAUACACGACAACUCCGAGACCAGUUUAUACGACACCUGGACCGACGGCAAGCCCUAUACCCUCUUACGUCUCCACCUUCCCCAGCCAAUCCGCGUCUAGUCAAAUCUACCCCAGCCAGGUAUACGCGAACCACGAAUUGUCCAGCCAGUAUCCGAACCCCGAAGUGCCUAGCCAUUCCUACACGAAUCAGGAACUCUCCAGCCCGGUUUACUCUUCCAAUCCACCUUUCACGAGCUCUACUCCUAAUGCUAUACAAGUGCUCGGCGAAACACUGAAAAAGAACGGACUGUACGCCAUGGCCAAAUUCUUGAAACAGUCGGGUCUCGACACCGUCCUCAACGAGACAGGACCUUACACGCUGUUUGUUCCCACGGACAAAGCUUUUAGAACUUUGCUGGUUCAACUCGGCGGCCCCGAUCGAGCUGAGAUCAAGUUCAAAGAGAACCCAAGGCUACUUAGUGGGCUUCUUCUGCACCACGUCAUUCCUGGAGCUUUCAAAGUUAACUCGCUGCUCGACGAGAUGACCGGUGUCAGCUUGGCAGGAACCCAACUCAGGGUGAACACUUACACAACACAGGACAACGAAUGGAACGAUGUUAAGGUGGUCACGAUAAACGGAGCCAAAAUCAACAUGGACAAGUCCGACAUCGAGGUGCCCCAGGGUAUCGCCCACACGGUUGACCGGGUCAUGUUCCCUCUUCCCGUCGGGGACGUCGUCCAGACGCUCCAGGCAGACAGAGAAGGCAGAUUCUCGAAAUUCAUCAGGCUCUUGCAAGAGACCGGCGUAGCGGCGACUUUGCAAGGAGGAAAGACGUACACGGUGUUCGCACCGACCGAUGCAGCUUUCACGGAUGGUGAGCUGGACAAACUGCUCGAACAGCGAGGCGCGGCUCGUGCACUCGCGUUGAGGCACGUGACACCCGGAACACUUUACUCAGCAGGCAUGCUUUAUUAUCAGCUCAGAGACUCGAUGAACAACUCGAACCAGAUCCAGCUUUCAAAGGACGCAGGCCGAGUCAAAGUGAACAACGCUCAUGUGAUUUCGAGAAACAUUCCAGCCACCAACGGAGUCAUCCAUGCCAUAGAUUCUCUCCUGUAAAAUUGAUCAUACAUCCAAAUUGAUUUUGUAUAUGCCAUGUAAAUAUUAAUGUUAUUUCGUCUUAGUUUAAGUUAAAUAAAAUGCUUUAAAACUUU